AUGGAGGUUGCCAUGUCCGCAGUUGCAGGCGAACUUGUCAGCCGGUUCAUCUCCUUGCUGAUGAGCAAGUACCACUCCUCCAUCCACGCGCAAUCAAAGGAGCAGAAUCUGGCGAAGCGGUUGCGGCAUCUCCUGAUGCGCGUUGGCACUGUCGUCGAGGAGGCGGACGUGCGGUACAUAACCAACUCCGGGAUGCUGGCCCAGCUCAAGAUGCUCUCCGAGGCCAUGUAUGAAGGGUACCGUGUGCUGGACACCUUGAUGUACCGCGCCCUCCGAAACAGCGCGGGCUUCGAUGAGGUUAGCAGCAAUGACUCAUUCAACAGCCACUUGUGUUUAAUCAAGCGUUCUCGGAGGAUGGCCAACGGGGCCACAUGCCUCGAGUCGGAUGAUGCCUUGGAAAGCUUAGAAGCUGCUGCUGCUAACAUGGCAGAAUUUGUUAUGCUUUUGGGUGGUUGUGAGCGCAUGUCACGUAGGCCUUAUGACACUUACCUUUACACCGACAACUUCAUGUUCAGCCGACAUGCUGAGAAGCAGAAGCUCUUGAGCUUCUUGUUGCAGCACAACGACCCUCCUGGUGGUGAUCAGGCAACGACCGUCCUUCCGAUCAUAGGGGGCGCCAAAGUCGGGAAAAAAACUUUGGUUGCUCAUGCAUGUGGCGAUGAAAGAGUUCGCGCACGCUUUUCUUCUGUUUUGCACUUGAAUGGUGAUGGCCUUUUGAGGCAUGGAAGGACCAAGUUUGGGAUGAAGAUGUUGGUAGUUAUUGAGUUUGCUUCUGAUGUAGGUGAUGAUGACUGGAAAAGGUUUCACUCAUUGGUCACAAGAAUGGGCAGAGGAAGCAAGAUCGUCAUUGUAAGUAGACUUCAAAGAUUAGCCCGAUUUGGAUCGGUGAAACCGAUUAUCCUAGGUGCUAUGUCUUACGACGAGUUGACAUACCUUUUCAAAACACUAUCCUUCGGGAGCGAGGACCCCGCAGAACAUCCACAACUAGUACAAAUAGCAGAUGAAUUUGCCAAGAGGUUCCACGGUACAGAAGGUUCACUUAUCGCCACAAAUGCGUAUGCAGAUGUGCUGAGAAGGAAUUUGGAUGUUAAGUUUUGGCGUUGCAUAUUGGACAAGGGGAUGAGAAUGGUUAAAAGAAACCUUGCCAUUUAUGGCAUGCACCCGAACACGCUUAUGUACCAUGGUCACCCAGUGGACAUAACGGACUUUGCUCUACAUCCACUUAGCAUGACACCUUAUAGUGCUAGUUUUUCAGUCAAGAAGGAAUCACCAAGUGUGACAUUUGGGGAUCUUAUAACAAAUCCUAGUGUUAGACCCAAAGGAGACUUCACUCUAAUUGUAUGGGAAUCAAGGAUACCCCCUCAUAAAUCAUUUCCUAAUUUUGUUACAAGUUGUGCUCAGGAUACACAUCAAGGUAGCGCCUUUCCAGGAAGAAAGCGACAAGGAGUGCCAAUCUAA